CUGCUCUGAGCUCCACUCAGAGUUGGGAGCAUAGCGCUGUGUGAUGUGCUGCUCUGAGCUCCACUCUGAGUUGGGAGCCUAGCGCUGUGUGAUGUGCUGCUCUGAGCUCCACUCUGAGUUGGGAGCCUAGCGCUGUGUGAUGUGCUGCUCUGAGCUCCACUCUGAGUUGGGAGCCUAGCGCUGUGUGAUGUGCUGCUCUGAGCUCCACUCUGAGUUGGGAGCAUAGCGCUGUGUGAUGUGCCGCUCUGAGCUCCACUCUGAGAGCAGGGUGUUGCGAGUGCUGGAAAGCAGCAGUUUGUGGGUAAGGGUGGGGUGAGGAAGGUACAACAGGUUUUAGCAAGUCAGUGUGUGUUUAAGUGAGUGGUACACUAUUUUGGUAUUUCUCUGUGGUGUAUACCAGUCUCUGGUUUCGCUGGGGGAAGGUUAGAGUUGAGAGUAUUUUUUCCAGCCUUGGUUCUCGAGUUCUUCAUAAAUAAUGUGAGUUUAGUAAGGGUUAAAUGGAUUGACACAAUGUUGGAGAAAACCGGUUGUGUCAUAGCAUUAGCUGGCCUUUUGUUUCACUGUUAGAUAUGUUUGGUAGCAUAGUUCACGAAUUGACCAUUUCCAGGUGCGUACGCCUUGUUUUUUAGGUCAGUUAAGCUGAGCUUCUUGUCUUCUCUUUUAGCGUGAUCCGGUGUGGUUAGCUGGGAGUACAGGUUUGGUUUCAGCAUUAAUAAAAAUGACAGUAGAUGCAGGUGCUGGGCAGAGCGAGAUCAGAAAGCUCUUUCACAGGCCUCCUCAGCUGUGGUUUAAACUCCCGUUGUGUCUUUAUUGCCCCUUUGACAUGUGCUGUUCCUGUCCGAGUGCCUGGCAAACAGACGCCUUUGUCUGUGCGGGGAAACUGCAGCCGCUGUCUCGGUAGUGUCCUGAGGUGUGAGGUCAUCUGAUCCUAGCCUGAGGGGAGGAGUUUCCGGAAGGGCAGGAUUGAGAGAGACAGUCACACUGAGGGGAGGAGCUUGAUGCCUGGGAGAUGUGAAUAUAUAAUGAGUUCCUGCCGACCAGCUCCCUACAGGGAACCACGGAAACCGCCCUCCACAAUUCACCCUGCCUGGAGGUUUGCAACUAUGCACCUCAAGCCAUAUCCGAAGUUCCAGAAGAAAGAGCUGCAGCUGGAGUCGAGCCAAGACGACGCCCGGGGCCUUCAUGCUGGCCAGCAGGGGGCGCUGAGGGCCGAGCGGCCCGCGAGACAGCCAUGCUCUCCAGGGGCUGUCCCCGGCAACGGCACGGCCAGCCGCCAGCCCCUCAGCGCCAUCUCCUCCAACAACGCGCCGUGCAGGGGCGGCGCCCCCGCCCCCAAACCCGGCGGGGAGGCUCCCAGCAGCCCCUGGGGCCGGAAGGGCUCCUCGCUGCCGGUCUCGCUGCUGCUCCUGUCCUCCGGGCCGGAGCAGGACGGCUCGCUGACCCUGUACCAGGGGGACGGCGGGGACGGGCAGCUGGACAUCUGGGCCGUCAUCAAGCCCGGCAACACCAAGGAGAAGAUCGCCAUCUUCGCCGGCCAGCAGUGCGCGCGGCCCAGCGGCCCGGGCAGCCCCGCCACCGGGGGCAGCAGAGGGGACGAGGCUCCCGCCAGCCUGCGGACGGUCUCCAUGAAGGCCAAAGGCUGCUGGGAGGUGGAGGGGUCCGUGGCCAAGCGCAGGAAAUGCUCCUCUGACCCGGACAAGAGGCGCGGCCCCGAGCAGCUCCCGCAGGGGGGCGGGGGAGCGGAGCGGGAGGCCGGGGAGGCGGAGCCACUCCGCGGGGAGGGGGAAGGGGAAGGGGAAGGAGAGGGACAGGGGGAGGGGGGGGAGGAGGGAGGGAAGACUCUCUCCGUGGUGGAGAUGGUGGCCUACCUGGAGCAGAGGGCGAACGAGCAGCAGGUGGACUGCUCCAAACCACUCCACCCGCGCAGCCUGGUCUCCGCGCCCAAGGCCCCGCCCCUGGAGGACCAGCCCGGGGGCCCGGAGGCGUGGGAGGGCCGCGAGGAGGAGGGCGAGAGCGUGCGCGUCCUGGACAUGGUGGCCAAGCUGGAGUCGGAGUGCCUGAAGAGGCAGAGCGAGCGGGAGGGGGGCGGCGACCUGUCGCGCAGCAACAGCCUGCGCCGCAACGUGUGCCGCGUGCUGCUGGCGGGGGCGGGGCCGGGGGAGGGGCCGGGGGCGGAGCCGCGUCCCGACCUCGCAGGCGCUCGCCGCUGCGACGCCGCGCCCGUGGCCCCGGCGGAGGCGGAGUCGGGGGCCGCGCCCGGGGUGGAGCCCGAGCGCUGCGAGUCGGCGGCCGAACCCUGUGUGCAGACGGAGGAGGAGCGGGAGGAGGAGGCGGAGGAGGAGGAGACGGCGAUGGUGGAGAGCGGCUCUCGCGCUGAGCACCGCGAGGAGCCGCUCCCCGGGAUGCUGUUCUGCUUCUCCCCGCUGCAGGAGCAGCCGCUGCCCACCGCGGAGUCUUCGCACGAGCAGGAGGAGGAGGAGGAGACUGGAGCCAAAGAGGAGGAGCUGGAGGAGCUGCUGGAGGAGGAGGAGCUGGAGAAGGCGGCGGGCGUGGGCAGCCCUGAGCGGGUGCCCUUCCCCCUGCGCAGGCUGGUCUCCCACAGGUUCCUGGAGAUGCGCUUCAAGAUCCAGCUGCUGCUGGAGCCGCAGCAGUACAUGGCCCUGCUGCCGCACCACAUCAUGGUGAAGAUCUUCAGCCUGCUGCCCACGCAGACGCUGGCCGCCCUCAAGUGCACCUGCCACUACUUCAAGUUCGUCAUCGAGAGCUACGGCGUGCGGCCGGCCGACUCGCGCUGGGUCUGCGACCCCCGCUACCGGGACGACCCCUGCAAGCAGUGCAAGCGGCGCUACGGGCGGGGCGACGUGUCCCUCUGCCGCUGGCACCACAAGCCCUACUGCCAGGCCCUGCCCUACGGCCCGGGCUACUGGAUGUGCUGCCACGGCUCGCACAAGGACACGCCCGGCUGCAACGUGGGCCUCCACGACAACCGCUGGGUCCCCGCCUUCCACAGCAUCAACAUGCCAAUUUACAAGAAAGCCAGGGAGAGCGAGGAGGACUCUUAGUGAGGGAGAGAGGGGGCUUGGGCACGGUGUGCCUUUUUUUUUUAUUUCUGAGGGCUUUGUGCGUGUGUGCGUGUGUGCGUGUGUGUGUGUGUGUGUGUGUGUGCGUGUGUGUGUAGGUGUGACAGACCAGGUUGCUGACGCUGAUGAGGAAUCACUGGAUCCCCCACCCAAACCUACCUGCUGGUUCUUCAAGAAAAAUGUCAGCACUUUAGCCUCACAAGACAGAGCUUCUCAAAGCAUUCUGGUUACAGUACUGCUUGCUUUUUUGUCUACUGGCAUUAAUCAUUUUUUUCUGAGGAUGUUGUUGCUUUAAAUCAGGGGUUGUCAGAUCUUAUCCAAAUGCAGGUGCAGGAGGCAGGCUUUUGUUUUAGUUCAGCGCUGACGCCUCAUUCAACUAAUUAACUAAUCCUGGCCUUCAAUCCAGACCUUGAGAAGUAGAAUGAGGCGUCGUGGUGCAGGGCUAAAGCAAAAAAACCUGCACCCACACCGGUGCUUUUUGGAUAAGAUUGGAGAAAAAAAGACAUUCAACAUUUUCUCUUGUUUAUGGGUAGGAUGUCGCCCAUACCCCGCCUCCUCUCCCACCACCUUCAGUCUCCGUAAAGCAUUAACAUGGCUAAUAAUGUCUGAGGUGAAUGCUUAUCUGCCAAGCAGAUAAUAUGGAAUAAUAAUGCUUUCUCAGCAUACCCAUAUAUGUGAAUUGCUAAAUUAUGUUGGGUGUAAUUGCAAAAAGGCCUUUUAAAUGUAAUAAUGUGAAUUUACCAAAUCGUACCCCCUCAGCCCCUCUCCCUGCUCCCAAUCCCCAGUUUAAUAUUCUCAACCCCCCCCCCCCCCCCCAUGACCAGUGACGGAGUUGGCCAAACAGCCUGGGCUUCUCUUUCCUGAGUGAGUGGAGCCAUUUCGAAGCCCUGUUGCGUUUACAAUGUAUAUAAAGCGAAAUCCUAUAUCAGUACAGGGUAAGGAACGACGGCAUGCACAGUACUUCAGAAAGCUUCCGCCUUCAGCUGGUGGAACAGUUAUGGGUUCUUUUCGGUUUUUUUUUUUGGUUUGCAGUUUUUUUUUUUUUUUUUUUUUACCCUCCCCGUUGUGUACAUAUUUAAGAAAUGACAGCUUGUAUAUAGUUCUAGCACAGGCCCAGCCGUUAACUCCUGCGAUACACCUGCAGAUACAGCCUACAGCUACUACCAGUGUUUUUAUGGGGGUUUUUUUUUUUUUUAAGCAUCUCUAUCGCUCAUUCGACAGUCCCGCCCUGGAAGGGAAAACAUUUAAACAUGGAAAGUUUGGGGGCAAAUCGAACUCCUCUGUUCUUUACAACGGCUUAGACUGCACACCAUUCGGCUUGAGUCAAAAAAGCGGGCAGGGCCAACGGGAAUGGACAGUAAUGAUCUAAAAGAAAUUGUAUCCCUAUUUUUAAAGGCAUUGUAUAGUGACCCUGCAAUGAGAUUUUAAUUUUUUUUUGUUUUGUUUUGUUUUGUUUUGCCUGUGUGAGCAUUUUACAAUAAAGUGUGCGUUCCUGGAGGUUUUGUCCGUUCUGCCUUCUCUCUGUGGCCACAGUGUGCGGAUGGAUUACAGGGAGGAUCAGCAUGGUGCUUGACCUAGGAAAAGGGAAUGACUCUGGCCUUAAUGGACUACAUGUGUCCAGAACAGUCUAGAACUUUACUCUGCCCCUCAGGGUUCCCACACUCCUUCAUAAUCCUUGAACAGUUGCAAAGCGAGGGGAAAAUUGGCCAAAUUAGGGAAAACCUUUACAGUGAUUGACUGGCAACCAUCUUCUUGCCAACUCGGUAGCUUUGUUUUUUGUUUUCUGUCAAGUCCCGAAAUACCAGUGCACGGUUUGUAAUGUGCCUCAGUCUGUCCACCUCCCAGCAGUUAGCCCUGUUGCUCCAAAAUAUUUAAAAUCAUGUAUUUAUUCCUAAACAUUCGCGAGGCAUUAUUCUGACUGUGGGAACCCUACCCCCCCUCCCUGAAUCCCACAUUGUGAUCGGUUUCAGAUAUUGAUGUCCGUAAAUAAAGAACAUUUAAACGUA